AUGAAACGCUGCCACGCUUCUUCCAAUAAGACUGGGGAGACCUCUGUUGAGGGAACAGUGAAAAAGUCCCGUAAGUCAAUACAUGGACGAGGGUCUUCCAGCAAAAAAACAGGAACAGAUGGAGGAAGAAAAAAACAAAGUCAAAAAGCAGAGCAGGUCACUCAGACAGUCAAAUGGAAAGCUAAGGAACACAGGGACUAUUCUCCUGCAGAAAAUGGUUCUUCAAAAGAGAUGAAACUAAGCAGUGCUGAAGUAGCAUCUUGGCAGACUCUGUUGGAGAGCAGCAAGCAGUUUCUGGAAACUAUGAUGAAUUCAGUAAUACUUUCUCUUUUGUGCCAACAAAGAGAGAGGAAAGAAGAUGUUCAGAAACACCUCAAUUUACUGAAACAAAGGAUAUUGAGAUUUUUCAAGACCUUAAAGGUACCACCAAGGAAACUGGGCAACCUGAAGAGUUUGCUGAGUCUUCAAGUGGCAGAGAAACAAAUGCUUGAGACAAAUGAAGAGUCUUUGGUACAAUUAGAGGAAGAAAUAAAUGAGGCCAAACGAUCAGCAGAACGCAUAGAGGAAACUGUACAGCAACUACAGUACAAAAUCCAGGUGCUCAGGAACCAGUUGGAGGAAGAUGAAAAAAAGGCUAGCAAGGUAUUCCAGCAAGACUGCAGUGGAGCACUCCACCUUCCGGAACUCCCUAAGCGUAGUUUAGAGGCACCCACUCUGCAGAAAGAAAUUUUGAAGAUAAAAAACAAGAAUGGUCUUCUAAAGGAUAUGAGCAUUAUUCAGCAGUCAGCUGAAAUGAAGAACAUGUUAACCCUCAUGGAAAAGAUCUAUGAAAAGGUGGACUUCAUUUGAGAGACCAAAAUAUAUGGCAGCUGCUUUGAAGCAAGAUAACCUCUGCCAGUAUUCU